UAUUGACGGUUUUAAAUCCAGCACCAGCUGUUGAAAAUCUAGAUGAAGAAUUUUUUAGAAACUGUGAUAUUUUCUGCCCAAAUGAAACAGAGGCAGAAUUGUUGACAAGUCUACCUGUAACUAAUGUUGAAGAAGCUAAAAGGGCUUCGCUUGUACUCUUGGAUAAAGGCUGUUCAAAAGUUAUCAUAACCCUCGGAGUUCAAGGGUCAGUAUUGACUUUGAGGGAUACAAGAACUCCAGUACAUAUUCCUGUAAAGCAAGUAAAGGCGUUGGAUUCCACG